ACUCAAAUCCAGCCAAUGUCUUGCAGCUGAGCUGAUGCCGUCGCCAUCUUUUGUUGAGAACGUAAACACCAGCAGUGUGCGUCUUCUCGCGCUUACGUCGGGUGACAGCGACGAUUUCCGAACAAGACGCAAUCUCGUGACUUGAACGUAUGGCCAGUGAGAUGAAGGUUCCGCGUGGAUUCCCUCACCGGGCACGAACGGAGGUUUAAACCGGGGAGGUGGGGUGGGGGGGGCAGCAGAGGGGAGGGGGGGGGGGGGUCUCGGUGUACGUCUGUCAUGGACCAAGAGUACGAGAGGCGUCUUCUGAGGCAAAUCAACCUCCAGAACUUGCCCGCUGAGGCCCGGCUGAGGAGGUGUGGAAGCGUUACAUGCAGCCCCAUCAGUGUGAAGUCAGGGGACCGCUUCAUCCCCACCCGCGCUGGAAGCAACUGGAGCAUCAAUUUUCAUUACGCCAACGAGAACUGUCGCUCCCCUGGCCAGAACCAAAAAGCAAAAGAUGCCAGCUCAGAUUCAGGCAAAGACACGGUGGCGUACGCCGCCCUUUUGAGGAACGAGUUGCUAGGCGCGGGCAUCGAGUCGGUGUCGGACCUUCACGCAGACGAAAGGCGACGCGCUGUCUACUCGCACGGCCUCUUUCGGUACGCCGUCCGCACCAAGUCGACGCCUUUUGACGGCGACAACCAAGUCUCACCGUUCUCUCUCUCGCCGCUUACUAACAAGAGUCACAAGCUGCUCCGCUCUCCUCGUAAACCUGCCCGCAAGAUCUCCAAGAUCCCCUUCAAGGUGCUGGACGCCCCCGAGCUGCAGGACGACUUCUACCUCAACCUGGUCGACUGGUCGACGGGCAACUUGCUCAGUGUGGGUUUGGGAGCUUGCGUCUACCUGUGGAGCGCCUGCACCAGCCAGGUGACACGGUUGUGCGACCUUUCGGUGGACGGCGAUUCUGUGACUUCGGUGUGCUGGAACGAGAGGGGGAGCCUGGUUGCCGUCGGGACCCACAAAGGUUACGUUCAAAUCUGGGACGCGGCAGGUGGGCGAAAGCUGACCAGUUUGGAGGGCCACUCGGCUCGUGUGGGCGCCCUGGCGUGGAACGGGGAGCAGCUUUCGUCGGGCAGUCGCGACCGAGUCAUCUUGCAACGGGACGUCAGAACGCCGCCUUCCGCCGAGAGGCGGUUGCAGGGACACCGACAGGAAGUGUGCGGUCUCAAGUGGUCCCCCGACCAUCAGCAUCUCGCCUCCGGAGGCAACGACAACAAGUUGCUGGUGUGGAACAGCUCCAGCCUGCUCCCGGUGCAACAGUACAGCGAGCACCUCGCCGCCGUGAAGGCCAUCGCCUGGUCGCCGCACCAGCACGGGCUGCUGGCGUCGGGCGGCGGCACGGCCGACCGCUGUCUGCGCUUCUGGAACACGCUGACGGGUCAGGCGCUGCAGAGCACCGACACGGGCUCCCAGGUGUGCAACCUGGCCUGGUCCAAGCACGCCAAUGAACUGGUGAGCACUCACGGCUACUCUCAGAACCAGAUUUUGGUGUGGAAGUACCCGUCGCUCACGCAGGUGGCCAAGCUGACGGGACACUCCUACAGAGUUCUUUACCUGGCCGUGUCCCCUGACGGCGAGGCCAUCGUCACGGGCGCGGGGGAUGAGACGCUUCGCUUUUGGAACAUCUUCAGCAAGACGCGCUGCACCAAGGAGUCCAAGUCUGUACUGAACCUUUUCACACGAAUCCGAUAGAGGAGCAAGAUGGCCGACCUGCAGCACUUUGCCACCCACCGCACCGCAACUCUUCUGUCCUUAUGUUUUUCCAACAAUGUGCACUUCCCCCUCGUACUGCCCCCCCUCCCGUCCAUCAGUGAAAACAAAAAAACGUUGGCUUCUUAAAUCAUGUUUUGUUUUUAUUUCAUCAUCCGUCAGCAGAGAUAUACAUGUUGAAAAACUGACAUCCAUUUUUAAAAGAACUCAGAGAACAA